AUGGUUCUUUGGCAUCUCGACCGUCUUGUAUGUCACGAUCCGCCAAAGCGUCUACUUUCAGCAAAAGCGAUCUACCAUCCACACUGUCGUCAGUUCGUGUGGGAUGAAGAAAGCUUUUCUCAAGCCACCUUUUGUCGAGUUCUGCUGCAUCCCUUCACAGAAUGUCGUGAGGAUGAGUGUCGUCUUCAAGGGGGAGGUACCAAUUACAGUCUAGGCCGUCUUGAAGACAAGUAUAGAGACAUAUUUUGUCAUUGA